GAGAAGUACUUUGUGUCAAUCUAUCGCAGAAACCAGGCUUCAUAUCGCUUUCAAGUAGUAGAUUAAGAAGUGUUGCCAAACUUUCAAUCACCGCCUUUCCCUCCUUGAAUGCUUCAACUCCACCGAUCAUCACAAAACCAAAACAAGUUGAGAAUGCGGUUCAUACCGGUCAUUCUCUUUCUCGGCUUAACCAGAGGCGAAGAUGCUCGGAUUGACUGUCAUCCAGAGCCAGGGGCCUACAAAGAAGUGUGUGAAAGUAGAGAUUGCAUCUGGAAAGAGAGCUCAGCAGCGGAAGGAGUACCAUACUGUUUUAUGAAAAAUGGUAUCGGUUACAGAUAUUCGACACAAACAAAGGAGGUAAUAACACUCACCAAAAACAACGGGCCUAAGAAUCCAUGGGGAGAAGAUAUCAAGCAGAUUUACUUUGCCCACAACUACUUUGGAAAAACACUCAAUGUUAAACUUUAUGUUCCUGGAAGAUUCGAACCACCUGUUGAUCUACCACGUGAACCAUCCAAGUCAAAUGAUGAUCUACAGCUUGCCACAUACACCCACAAUGAUCCAUUUUACUUCACUGUUUCGCGAAAAUCCACUCAAACAACGCUGUUUGACAGUUCAGCAGGUGGACUGAUUUUCUCUGAUAAGUUUAUUCAAAUUGUGACUAAGCUGCCCUCAGAAGCAAUGUACGGAUGGGGAGAAAAUAUUCAUCCUUCACUAAAGCAUAAUUUCAAACGCUACACGACGUGGGCAAUGCUUGCAAGAGAUGAACCACCAAGUUCGAACCAUAUUGAAACGAAGAAUCUCUACGGAGUUCAUCCGUUUUACAUGGUUUUGGAACCAGAUGGCAAAGCCCAUGGAGUGUUGAUUUUGAAUAGCAAUGCACAGGAGGUCACAACUGCACCAGGACCCACUCUCAUCUACCGCACCAUUGGAGGCAAUCUCGACAUGUAUUUCUUCCCAGGUCCCACUCCACAAGAAGUCACCGAACAAUAUCUGGCACUAGUGGGAAGGCCUGUCUUGCCAGCUUAUUGGGGACUGGGCUACCAAAUAUCACGUUAUGGCUAUAAGGAUCUAGAAGAGCUGAAGUGGAUAAUUGAGAGAAAUGUUGCAGCAGGAGUCCCUCUGGAUACAGCAGUGGUGGACAUAGAUUACAUGGACAGAUACAAAGAUUUUACCACUGGCGAGAAGUGGCAAGGACUCCCUAAAUACACCGAAAGUCUGCACAAACGAGGAAUGAAGCUUAUUCCCAUCUUCGAUGUCGGAAUACAAGUCGAUGAUGAUGCCUUCAGAAGGGCAAAGGAAAAGGGUGCACGAUUUAUUGAAUGGGAGCGAUUCAAUCAAGUCCCCAAGGACAUUCAAAACCUCUACCCAAUGGCAAAAGAUACAAAAAUCAUGCUGAGCGUUGUAUGGCCAGAUGCGCACAUUGCAUUCCCUGACUUUUUCGAACCAACAAACAAUACCGUGAACUGGUGGAUUGACGAGUUUGUAGAUUACCAUAAAAAAUUGCCAUAUGACGGUAUCUGGAUUGAUAUGAAUGAACCAGCAGCAUUUGGCACUAACGACGAACACCCGUGGUAUUUUGAUAAUCCAGACCAUCCAAAUAUAGCUGCACUCAAAUGUCCAGUUGAUCCAUCAAGGCCGGAUUCGGAAUGGGAUAUGCCACCAUACCAAACACAUGCAGUAUGGCGAUAUGGCUGGGGCACCUAUCUAUCCUCCAAAACGAUGUGUAUGUGCGCAUUACAAGGUGAUGGAAAGUAUCGUCACUAUGAUGUGAAAAACAUCUACGGUUGGAGUGAGGCGAAAGCGACACUGAAAGCUCAGUACAAGGCUACAGGGAAGAGAGGAGUCGUGAUCUCAAGGUCUACGUUCCCUUCUAACGGACGAUAUGCAGGGCAUUGGUUGGGCGACAAUAGCGCCACAUGGGCAGAUCUUCAAUCAGCUGUGAUUGGUGCACAAGAAUUCAAUAUCUUUGGUAUCCCGUACGUCGGCUCUGAUAUGUGCGGAUUUGCUGGCGAAUCAAACGAAGAAUUGUGUCUGAGAUGGCAACAAAUGGGAGCAUUCCAUACAUUCAUGAGGAACCAUAACAGCCUCUAUUUGCCACCACAAGAUCCUGCACAAUGGAGAUCGGUCACUGAUGCUACCAUCAAAGCCAAUCUCUUCCGAUAUUCUUAUCUACCGUAUCUAUACAGCUUACAUUUCGAAGCUUCACUAUAUGGCCGGACAGUUAUUCGACCUCUGUUCUACGAAUAUCCAGAAGACAGCAGAACUCACGAUUUAGGCAGUGAAUUCCUUUGGGGUAGUUCUAUGCUCAUAGCCCCUGUCCUUUAUCAGGGUGCGAGGAGUGUAAAUGCUUAUCUACCCAAGAGCGACUGGUAUUCGCUAUUUGACCAUGAAUACGGUCAACUAUUUGAAAAAGGCGAUCACACCUUCCCCGCACCGUGGACUUCUCUAAUUCCAGUUCUGGUCAAAGCCGGCUCGAUAUUGCCUCGUCAAGCGCCAAAUGUCACAACGGAGUACACUCGUAAAAACGCUUUCGAGCUGUUAAUUGCCCCUAUCAAAAAUAAUGGAUAUGGCCAUGCCUCUGGUUUCCUCUACUGGGACGAUGGCGACAGCAUUGUCGAUUCAUUCGCAAAGCAUCCCUACUAUCAUUGGACGUUCAGCUACAGUAGCUCAGAUGUGGUUUCCAACCUAGUAAUAACAACUCAUCGUAAAGCAAGCAACUUGAAAAUUCCAACGCUUGAUAGACUGGAAAUCUUCAACUACAAUACCGAACCCGAUUUCAACAGUUUCACGCUGAAUGGAAAGAAGGUCAAUGUAGAUAAGGCUGCCUCACACUAUGACCAGAAUACAAAGAUCUUAUACAUCUCGACGAAGAAUCUCAUCGACAUAUCAAUCGGAUCAACAAAUACUUUAUCGUGGAAAAAUAAAAUUAUGAUGGGUUCGCAGGAGGAGGAAGUACGUUUUGACUGUCAUCCAGAGCCUGAUGCUAAUGAAUGGAAAUGUAAUCAAAGGAACUGUAUAUGGAAAUCGAGUUAUGCUUACGAAGGAGUUCCUUGGUGUUACAUGAAACCAGGAAUUGGUUACAAAAUCUCGUCAUCGACUGGGACGACGGCUGUGUUAGAGAAGAACAACGGACCAAAGAAUCCGUGGGGAGGUGACAUAAAGAAGCUCACACUGACUUCAAGCCACAUCGGAAAAACCCUAAAUGUCAAGAUCGGUGUGGAAGGACGAUAUGAGCCACCACUGGAUCUCCCUCGCAAUCCUUCGGAGGGAGGCGAUAAUUUGCAGCUGAACAUGCAUACUGUAGAUGGUUUGGGUGUGGACUACUUCUAUUUCACAGUGACUCGAGAAUCUAACAAGGAAGUCCUCUUUGAUACUUCCUUAGGUGGUUUAAUCUUCUCUGAUCAAUUCAUACAAAUCGCCACGAGACUACCAUCAAAGGCAAUGUACGGAUGGGGAGAAAAUAGUCAUCCAACAUUCAAGCAUCGAUUCGAUCGUUACACAACUUGGGCAAUGUUUGCGAGAGACGAACCGCCUUACUAUGAAGGAUUUACCACUAAAAAUCUUUAUGGCGUACAUCCAUUCUACAUGAUUCUGGAAAACGAUGGAAAAGCACAUGGUGUUUUCAUACUCAACAGCAAUGCACAGGAGAUCAUCACAGCACCUGGGCCUACUUUGAUUUACCGCACGAUCGGUGGUAAUUUGGACAUGUACUUCUUCCCAGGUCCUACCCCAGAGGAAGUAACACAACAAUACCUAGCCCUAAUAGGUACCCCAACCUUACCAGCCUACUGGGGCUUUGGCUUCCAGAUCUCUCGAUGGGGCUAUAAAGACUUCGCUGAUAUGAAGAACAUAGUUGAGAGUAACAUCAAAGCUGGGGUACCUUUUGAUACGGUUGUGGGAGACAUCGAUUACAUGGACAGAUACAAAGAUUUCUCGCUUGGGAAGGAUUGGAAAGAGUUUCCUGCGUACGUUGACCAACUGCACAAACGUGGAAUGCGCUUGGUGUUGAUGUUUGAUCCAGCAAUUCAGGCUGAUUACGAACCAUUCGAAAGAGCGAUGGCAGCAAAGGCAAAGUUCAUAGAGUGGGAACGUCCUGACCAAGUGAUGAGCUCGAUCAAUAACUUGUAUCCUAUGGCGAAAGGAACGAAAAUCAUGCUCGGUGUCGUGUGGCCAGAUAAGCACACUGCUUUCCCAGAUUUCCUUGAUCCAAGCGGUAACACUGCCAAAUGGUGGAUUGACGAACUGGUUAGAUUCAAGCAGAGGAUCUCAUAUGAUGGGAUCUGGAUCGAUAUGAACGAACCGGCAAACUUCGGAACCAAUCAGAAUUAUCCAUGGUACUUUGAUGAUGCCGAUCAUCCAAAUAUUGAAUCUCUAAAGUGUCCAACGAACGAAGGCACCCAAGAUGCACAUUGGGACAUGCCACCGUAUAAGACACGCAAUGUGUGGGUGUUCGGAUGGGACGCCCGUUUAUCGACAAAUACUAUGUGCAUGUCAGCCGUCCAGGCCAACGGAACUCUCCGUCACUACGACGUAAAGAAUCUUUAUGGCUGGAGUGAAUCGAAAAUAACACAGCUGGGACAAUACAAAGCUGUAGGAAAGAGAGGAAUUGUAAUUUCGAGAUCUACAUUCGCAUCAAGUGGACGUUAUUGCGGACACUGGCUUGGUGACAAUACGGCAACAUGGGACGAUCUUAGAGCGGCUGUCAUUGGUGCUCAGGAGUUCAAUCUAUUUGGUAUACCAUACAUCGGCUCUGAUAUUUGCGGCUUCAACCGAGAAAGUGAGGAAGAAUUAUGUCUGAGAUGGCAUCAGAUGGGAGCAUUCCACACAUUCAUGAGGAACCAUAAUUCCCAUUAUCUCCCACCGCAGGACCCGGCACAAUGGCAGUCUGUAGCAAAAGCAACCAGAAAAGCUACCUUAUUCCGUUACAGUUAUUUACCCUACUUAUUCAGUCUGUACUUUGAAGUUUCGAUGAAUGGUGGAACCGUCAUUCGACCGGUCUUCUAUGAAUUCCCAAAAGACAUUAGAACUCAUGUUUUAGAUUACCAAUUCCUCUGGGGCAGCUCUAUGCUUAUUGCGCCUGUUGUGUAUAAGGGUGCAAAGAGUGUGGAAGCAUAUCUGCCAGAAGAAGCUGAAUGGUAUUCCCUGUUUGACUAUAAAUAUGGACAACUCUUGGAAAGCGGUGACCACACGUUCCCUGCUCCUUGGGAAUCCCUGAUACCAGUAUUUGUCAGAGGUGGCUCAAUAUUGCCCCGCCAGCAACCAAAUAUCACUACAGAUUAUACGCGCAAGAACGCAUUUGAACUGUUGAUAGCUCCGUCGUCUAAAGAUGGUCACGCUUCUGGCUUCCUAUUCUGGGACGACGGCGAAAGCAUUGUUGAAUCAUUCAUGAAACAUCCAUACUAUCACUGGACAUUCACGUAUAGAGGUGCUGAAAGAUCGGGAAGCUUAUCUAUAACAAGGAAAAGAGAGGCAAGUGCUCUGAAAAUUCCUACACUCGAUACCGUGGAAAUACUCGGCUACAAGGGUCAUCCUGACUUCAAUAGCUUCGAAUUGAAUGGAAGAAAGAUUGACAUUGACAAGACAGUAUCCCGGUACGACGAAAGCACGAAGAUUCUCUAUAUCUCCAAGAAGAAUCUCGUUGAUAUGACACGCUCGGAAGCAAAACUGACUUGGAAGAAUAAGUUCUAAAUCGCGCAUUGAACUGCAUGCCAUGUUUUGAAUUUGCAUCUUUGCUGUGUUACAACAUCAGUCACAUCUUUGCUUCACGUAUAAAGGUUCUAUAUUUUCAAGUGAAC